GAGCAGUAAAGCUAGCUAGUUGCACACUGGGCUGGACUAGGAGAUAUUCGACUGCGUGCUCUUAAACGGCGAGUAGAUGAGAAUCAGCGUUUCAAUUUACUCUCCGGUCCAAAAAAAUGCUCCUCGCUUUUCCACUUACGGAGUGGUGGGUAAAAAUCAUGAAGGAGAGCAAAAAUUCAAAGCUGCAACCAUCCUCUACAAUGUGCCGUCUUCAUCACUUCCGUCAAGGCCAUCAAAACGUCAAAAAAUAUAACAAAAAGACAGGGCAAAAACAUACAACAGCCGGGAUUCGCUGGUGGUCACCCACCCAACUACUAACCGGCCGGCGUGUGGCUUAAGUACGGCUGAGCGGACGGGAAGCCCUGUUUUCCACACCCUAUGGUCGUAUGUACUAGA